ACAUGGCGGACGAAGAACAACAAAUAGACAUCAGUACCGCAGUGCUAGCGGAAGCCACUCAGGAAGAGAAAGAUCAAGAGAAAAAGAUACGAAAGGAGAUUGAAAAGCUACAGUUUUACCUCGAAGACGUGGAUGAAUUAAUUGAAGCGGAAGACUUGGGCGAAAUUAAACAAGUAUGUAAACGAACACUACAAAUUCAAGAUAAACUAAAUGACCUUGUGUCGCAUUUGCAAGAAUUAAAAAUCGAGUUGGGACGUUCAACACAAAGAGCUAUUAGACAGUGGACAAGAGAUUUGAAGGCGGAAUACACACCACUAUGCGAGAAACGUACAAGAUUGUGUCGGAUACUAGAGGACAAAGAGAGAACCGAGAGUUUGAGAUUGGAAGAGGAAAAGGCUAUGAGAAAGAUGGAGAAAGAAGAGUUAAUGCGCCGACGAAUACAGCAACAGGAGAAAGAACUGUGGGAGGAAAGAAUGAAGGCAGAAAUCGCAGUAGCGGAGAGAAAGUUUCAACUGGAAAAAGAAGCCAAAGCAAGUAAAUCUAAACUUCCGGAACUAAAGAUAACACCCUUUAAGGGAACUUCGGCAGACUGGAUAAGGUUUGAGAACAUGUUCGUGUUGCAGGUUGACAGCAAAUCUAUCUCAGACGCCGAGAAAUUUGGAUACCUGUUGGAACUUGUCAAUCCAAAGGUUAAAGAUAGACUUUCCAACUUGAAGCCAGGGACGGAAGGCUACAAAAUGGCCUGGGAACGGUUGAAGGUGGAGUAUGGCCACAACAAGUUGGUUACUGCGGCACAUGUGGAAGAGAUUAUCAAGCUUCAAGCAGUCAAAGGAAGAAAUUACGAGAAGGUAUGUGAAUUUUAUGAAACUCUUUGCAAAAACUGUGACGCACUUGCAACAUUGGAUGAAGAAGCCAUGUUGAAAGGUUUGGUGGUCUCUACCCUUAACAAGCUCCCCCAGGUCAAGCCUGAUUUAGUGCGCAUGGAUGACAAUUGGGAGGACUGGGACAUGAAAAGGCUAUUGGUUGCAAUACAGGGGUGGUUGAAACGUAAUAAAACCGAGGAAACUACCAAUAAAGAGCACGAUAACCCGAGAAAAAGGGAGCGAAACUGGUAUACGCAGAAAGGGGGAGAUUCCAAUAGCAAAGGCAAAAGCCCGGUGUGCAUCUACUGUGAGGGACAGCACUGGGGGGAUCAAUGCACGUCAUACGACUCAGUGGUGAAGCGUAGACAGUUUUUCGUUGAAAAACGCCUUUGUUUCAAUUGUGGCCGAGCUGGUCAUCGCGAAAGUAAAUGUCGCAGUAGAGGGUGUUACAAAUGCAAGGGCAAACAUCACACCAGCCUUUGUGACAAACCACCAGAAAACGGAGAUAGAGGUAAUCACAACGCAAUGUUAAAUGGGUAUUCCCCAUCCUCAGAGGAGAAGUCUUUGCCAGCCAUAGUCCCCCUAAAGAUUAAAGGGAAGACGUUUUGGGCGUAUCUAGACACCGGUUCGGGAAAGAAUUUUAUUUCGAAAGAGGCAGCACGCCAGUUAAAGCUAUCACCACAACGCCAUGAGAGAAGAAACAUCUUGACGGUCAAUGGAUCCAAGACGACGUCGAUGCCCGUGUUUGAAGUAACAAUCAACGCAGUUGAUGGACGAGCGAGUGAGACUAUCGAGAUUACGGGUACGGAAAUGCCAGAUUUCACAACCGUGAAAAGGCCAACGUUCAUAGAGCUCAAAGAGAAAUACGAACAUGUCCGAGGAAAGACUUUCUAUCGGUCAGAAAGCGAGGAAUAUCCAAUCCAUGUCAUAUUAGGGGACGCAACCUAUUGCAAAAUACGAACUGACCAAGUAUACAAAGGUAAACCCGAGGAUCCAAUUGUUGAAGGAACAACCUUCGGAUGGGUUGUUCACGGCGGGCAUGAUUAUGCAGACUCGAGGUGCAUGUUCGUUCGAGAGAAUAGGGACUACGAGCAGCUGUAUUCGCUGGACGUGUUGGGAGUAGAAGACCGAGGGGAGCAAGAUCAAUCGACAGUAUAUGUGGAGUUUCAAGAAAACAUCGUUAAGCAAGAUGAUGGAAGAUACGAAGUGUCUGUCCCAUGGAUCCCAGGAGCGGUGCUGUCGAAUACCAAUGAAGAGCCCAGCAGAAAAAGACUUAACAAUGUCAACAGGAAAUUGAAUAGGAAUCAACAACUAAAAAGGGAGUACGAAAAGAUUGUAAACGAGCAAUUGAAAGAUGGAAUCAUCGAAAAGACGGAAGGAAAGUCUCUCAGCGAACGCGUGUUUUACAUGCCGCAUAAACCCGUGGUUAAAGAGAAUGCUUCUACGACGAAGGUGAGAAUGGUAUUCGACGCCAGUGCCCGACCCCACCCUCUGGCAAAUAGUGUCAACGAAUGCAUGCACACGGGACCCCCAUUGCAACCCCUGUUAUGGGACAUAUUAAUCCGAGCCAGAAUGUCAAUCCAUCUACUGCUCGCAGACUUGCAGAAAGCAUUCUUGCAGGUUGGCUUGAAGAACGACGACCGAGAUGCGUUCCGGUUCCUAUUUAACAUCAAUGGUAUCGAGGAACAUUUAAGAUUUACCCGCAUACCCUUCGGAGUGGAGGCGAGUCCGUUUAUGCUGGGCGCCACGCUACAACACCACUUUGAUCUACAACGAGAAGAGUACGGAAACACGGUCGAGUCCUUGAAAGAGAACACUUACGUUGACAACCUAAUGAAAACCGGAAGAGACGUCCCGGAACUGGAGAACUUCAAACGGGAAGCGACGAUAAUUUUGGAAGAUGCGAGAUUUCCAGUUCAUAAAUGGGAGUCAAAUGUCGAAGAGUUGGACAACGAAGCAAAUCCCAGCAAAAUACUCGGGCACAAAUGGGACAAGAGGGAUGACACGCUUGAGAUUUUAACAGGACCUGCCAACCUUGAGACACCAAUUACAAAGAGACAUAUUCUUAAGGAACUUAGUAGCGUAUACGAUCCCUUAGGAAUAAUAUCUCCGACGAUGGUCGAGGGAAAGAGUAUCUAUCGGGAAGCGUGCGAUGAGAAAGGUGGUUGGAAUGCAGAAGUGUCGCCCAAGACAGCCAAAGAUUGGAUAAAGUGGAGACAACAAUUAAGAAACGUGAGAGUCCCGAGAAGUCUUGCUAGAGAUCUUCGAGAGAUAAAAGCCAUACACUUGCACCUGUUCGCUGACGCAAGUUUCACGGCGUGUUCUGCAGUGACUAUCGCAGUUAUUGAACACUCCAGUGGGAUAGUCAGGGGACUUCUUACAUCAAAGUCCAGAAUUGCGAAGAGAAACACUUCAAUUGCGAGACUCGAACUAGUCGGUGGACACAUGGCUGCCAACAUGGCGAAGAAUCUGGUGGUAGCUUUGCGAAGAUGGCCUAUAACAACAGUCACGAUUUGGAUGGAUAGUCUGGUUGCUUUGUUUUGGAUCUCCAGCCCAGAGAGACCCUGGAAAGUUUUUGUGUCAAAUCGGACUCGAAAAAUCGCGGAAAUUACCGCUGAGAUAGGCAUUGUUUGGAAAUAUUGCCCGUCGGAAGACAAUCUGGCGGAUUUGGGAAGCCGGGGAGCCGGUAUCGACAAAAUGGAAAAGGGUGGCUGGUUCGCUGGUCCCCAGUGGUUAGUUGAGCCUGACAAGUGGCCAAAGCAACCGAAGCUCGAGAGAACGAAGAGUGUCGUAGAAGAACAGAAGCCUUUGAUAGAGGACGUUUUUCACACAACGGAGAAAGCUCUUGACGAAUGGGACUCUUUGCUCUCUAGAUCGAACUACUGGAGAACCCUCCGUGUCACGGCAUGGGUAUUGCGAUUCAGCAACAACGCCAGAGCACAAAGCCGAAGAACAAGCGUGACGAGAGGCCCACUGACGACGAGAGAGCUCGAAGAAUCCAAGGCGCGAUGGGUAAAGAAAGCUCAAAUGGACAUGAGUGUAGAGUUAAAGACGCCAGGUUGGGAGGUCGUCCAGGAGAAUGGUUCGGGUCUGCUGAAAUGCAAAGGUCGAAUUCCCGGGUAUCAGCCAAUUUAUCUGGAAGGGGGAGAGUUCGCAGACAAAUUAAUUAUGCAUACACACAACGAGAUCAAUCACUUUGGUGUUGCGAACACGAUGGCCGCAUUAAGAGAGACAUGGUGGAUCCCUAGACUACGAUCAAAGGUAAAAAGGAUCAUAAACAAUUGCAACGUGUGUAAAGCGUACAGAGUCAAGCCUUACGGCCAUACAGCAACGGCCGACAUGCCUUCGUUUCGUAUACAAAGUGGACGUCCGUUCGAAACAACGGGAGUAGACUUUGCCGGUCCGUUGUCAUAUAAGCUUACCAAGAAAGAAGAUGGCAAGUGCUAUAUCCUGAUAUUUACUUGCGCCACGUCUAGAGCCGUGCAUCUGGAGUUAACAAAGUCACAAUCAGCUGAGGAAUUCAAAACGAAAUUGAAUGCCUUCAUUACGAGAAGGAGUAGACCAAAGAUGAUCGUGUCGGAUAACGGCGCAGCAUUUAAAGCAACAGCAACCUGGAUUAAGAAGAUACGCAAAGGGGAACGGCUUCAAGAUUACUUGGCCCGACAGGAAAUUAGUUGGAAGUUCAAUUUCUCAAAAUCCCCUUGGUGGGAUGGGAUGUAUGAACGGUUACUUAAAGAUAUAAAGAAAACAUUGUACAAGGUAUUAGGACGAUCGACAUUGUCAUUUGAUCAACUGGAAGCCAUUGUUAUUGAUGUGGAGAAGAAUGUGAACAAUAGGCCGCUUACUUACGUGGAAAGUGAGCAAGAAGAAGAACAAGUACUCACUCCAAACACAAUUUUGUGGGGACAAAAUGUUUACACUAUUGACGAGUCAGAUACCGAUGAUGAGGAUGAAGUUUUGAAGUUGCAUAAACGUGUAAAGCAGAAACGACAACAUGCAUGGCAAAGAUGGAAAGCAGAGUACGUACACAGUUUGAUGGAACACCAUCGGGUCAACAGGGGAGUUAAUGCUUGUCCAGAAGUCGGGGAGAUCGUCUUGGUGCUCGGCGAAGAAAAGAAUCGGGCUGAAUGGAGAAGAGGAAAGGUGGUGCAGCUCAUCAAGGGGAAAGAUAACGUGGUGAGAGGAGUAAAGAUUCUGACGAAGGGACAUACUAUUGAGAGACCGCUUCCCCUUGUUUGCUCGCUGGAACUUAAACAACCCGAAGUGCUGGAGGUAAACCAGACCGAAACGGACGAGAACCCUGCGACUGAAGAGCGAAAAAGCAAGAGACGAGCAGCGAAAGAGGCAGAACAGAGAAUACGAGGAUUGAUGAUCGAUGAAGAAGAUUGACGUAUUUUGGACUUAAACUUAUUACGAGACAUUUGC